ACACACACACACCUCUCUUCCCCUAGCUGUGGAAGUUUAUUUUGUUUAAAUAGUCAUUUCACUUGUAAAAAUGAUUGGACAGAAAAGCAUUAAAUCGUUUUUCUCGCCAACGACCAAAAAAAGAAAUUUGGAGGAUAUAUCUACAUGCCAUGAGGAUGCAAGGGAUGACGUGAAAAAGCUAAAGUUGGAGAGUAACAACGUUACAUCCUUGCCUUCACUGAGUCCCGAGCAACUGGAGCGGAUCGCCAAAAACAAGGCGGCGGCACUGGAACGACUGACGACACACCACAUUUGCCCGGACGGGUUCGGAAAGAGCUGGCGUGACGGGCUCAACGCAGAAUUCGGGAAGGCCUACUUUAAAUCAUUAAUGUCUUGUGUUGCUGAGGAGAGGCAAAAGCAUACCAUCUAUCCACCUCCACAUCAAGUUUUUACCUGGACACACAUGUGUGACAUUAAAGAUGUUAAAGUCGUGAUACUUGGCCAGGAUCCUUAUCAUGGACCUAACCAGGCUCAUGGACUGUGUUUCAGCGUCCAGAGACCUGUGCCACCUCCACCAAGCUUGGUGAACAUGUUCAAAGAACUGGCAUCAGACAUAGAAGGCUUUGAGCAGCCCAAUCAUGGAGAUCUUACCGGAUGGGCAAAGCAAGGAGUUCUGUUGCUGAAUGCUGUGUUGACUGUGCGUGCACACCAGGCCAACUCUCACAAAGACAAGGGGUGGGAGACAUUCACAGAUGCUGUGGUACACUGGCUCAGCACUAAUUUGCAGGGUCUUGUUUUUCUUCUCUGGGGCUCCUAUGCUCAAAAGAAGGGGGCUGCCAUCAAUAAGGUACGUGUGGCAGAUAGAACUUGA